GACAGACGGACAAAUGUAGCGAGUGAGAAAGAGGGGAGGGAAGAUUGGAGGGAGGGAGAGAGGAAAUGGGAGAUGGGAGCUCAGGGUGGUACAGGGAGAGAGCUGGCGCCGGCAGCGGACGGCCGAUGAGCGGUGAAACUGUGAAACGCUCAGGCAUUUAUCAGGGACACCCUCCUGGGUCCUUUCUCGCUGCCCGGGACUGCGGGAGGCUGGCCCUUCUCCCGGCUGAGGCUGCUCAAGAGCUGCGGUUGGGUCACCGCUUCAUGUUUUUCUGCCGAUUCUGGGGAAAGAUGGCAACUAAUGAUGCUGUUCUGAAGAGGCUGGAGCAGAAGGGUGCAGAGGCGGAUCAGAUCAUCGAGUAUCUCAAGCAGCAGGUUGCUCUUCUCAAGGAGAAAGCAAUUUUGCAGGCAACAUUGAGAGAAGAAAAGAAACUUCGGGUUGAAAAUGCUAAACUGAAAAAAGAAAUAGAAGAGCUAAAGCAAGAGCUGAUUCUGGCAGAACUUCAUAAUGGAGUGGAACAAGUACGUGUUCGAUUGAGUGCUCCACUGCAGACUAACUGUACUGCUGCUGAAAGUGUGGUACCAUCUCCAUCAGUAACAACCACCGCCUCUUCUGGUACAAAAGAACACAUCAAAGGGGGAGGAGAAGAAAAGAAGGUAAAAGAGAAGACUGAAAAGAAAGGAGAGAAAAAGGAGAAGCAGCAGUCGGCAGCGGCAGGUGCUGACUCCAAGCCUAUCGAUGUAUCGCGCCUGGAUCUUCGAAUUGGUUGUAUUGUUACUGCCAAGAAACACCCUGAUGCAGAUUCACUGUAUGUCGAGGAAGUAGAUGUGGGAGAAGCUGCCCCACGCACAGUCGUCAGCGGGCUGGUGAAUCAUGUUCCUCUAGAACAGAUGCAAAAUCGGAUGGUGGUUUUACUCUGUAAUCUGAAGCCUGCAAAGAUGCGGGGAGUACUGUCUCAAGCGAUGGUGAUGUGUGCCAGUUCACCAGAGAAAGUGGAGAUUCUGACCCCUCCCAACGGGUCUGUUCCUGGAGACAGAAUUACUUUUGAUGCUUUUCCCGGAGAGCCGGACAAGGAACUGAACCCUAAGAAGAAGAUCUGGGAGCAGAUCCAGCCUGACCUGCACACCAAUGCUGAGUGUGUGGCCAUGUACAAAGGAGCACCCUUUGAGGUGAAGGGGAAGGGAGUUUGCAGGGCCCAAACCAUGGCCAAUAGUGGAAUUAAAUAAAUGGUCUGUAACUGAAAGACAUUGGUGAAACUUAAUAACAAUAAAGAGAAGUGUGUUUAUCACUUACAUAUAAAA